GAGCCUCAUGCCCCAGAACAGCACCAACAGGCGGCUUGCUCCACGCGCAGCACCGCUAACAUCUAUGGAGGUCUACCGCCACCUACUGGCUAGUUUAGCGUUGACUGUCAGUAGAAGGAGAGUGGGAUCAUGGGGAUCUGGAGCGAGAACGGGAUCUGGAUGAAGGGCUCUACUGUCAUAAUCUUCUUUCUAAACACUGUUAACGUCAUCUGUCUAGUUCCCCAUGAAAUGACAUAUUUUCUGGGCUGCUUUGAGAAUGGCAGCACUGCGAUACAAUUUGAAUUUGAUGGCGAGGAAAUGUUAUAUGUCGACUUCCAAACAGACGAGGUAGUUUACACCGUACCCACCUUCAUUGAUCCUGACCCUAGCCAGGUUUUAGCUGGUUUGAGUAUCCUGCGUGAUGCUCAUGAUAACAAGGAACUGUGUUCAGGAAUACUAGGUGUGUUGAAAUACAAAGAUAAAGCUCCACAAAAAGAAGACGCUCCGAACUCCAUGAUCUACCCCUCUAGAGAGGUAGAACCUGGUGUAGAAAACAGCCUCAUCUGCUUUGUGAAUAAUUUCUAUCCACCCUCCAUAAAAGUCAGCUGGACUAAAAAUGGCCACCCACUCUCAGAGGGGGUGUCACUCAGUCGAUAUCACCCCAAUAAUGAUCAAACCUUCCGCCAGUUCUCAACUUUGACCUUCACACCUAGUGAGGGGGACAUUUACUCCUGCACUGUGGAGCAUCCCGCCCUGGAGACGCCUACAACAAGAAUCUGGGAAGCAGAAAUCAUCAAAAAGGAUGAAAGUCUUUGGCCUGAUAUUUACUGUGGAGUUGGUCUUGGUGUGGGCUUGUUGGGAAUCACAGUCGGAGUGUUUUUCAUUGUCAAGAGUCAAAAUGUAGCAUAAGUUUUUAGUUUGUACGUAAAGUUUAUUACUUUGUGUUUAGUUUCUUAGUUUAUUCUUGUGUUUUCUUCAUUGCACAUUUAAAUUUAGUUGUGUUAGACCAGUCUCAUUCUUUUACAGUGAGUUUAUAGUUUUUUGAGUCUCCCAUUUGUACUUGGAACUUGGAAAAUCCGACUUCCCAGUCGAAAAAAUCAACUGGAACGCCCCUUGGAGUCGGGCUUCCCACUAAAAGAAUAGGAGAAACUCCGACUACCCCUGGUUAGGAUUUUAAGACCAACUUUGUGUUUCAAUCUGGCACACAUUUAUUUUACAAUACACACUCGUAAGAAGAGUCCAUCUAAAAUCAUUGUUACAUGUAGUGCUUGCAACUCUAAGCUGAACAAUUUAAAAGUGGUAUUUUCUUAUGGAAAGUAAAGCUUAAAACAAUAUUUUUAAGACAUGCCAUAUAUUUUGUAUACUGUUUGAAAACAAAAUGUUGUACACCGCAUCAGAUGUCAUUUUUAAAUUUACUAAACACUGUAUAUUUUAAUAAACAAAACAUGUUUAGAUUUGUGUUUUCUCCUACACUGACGUCUGCUUUGAGUGUUAAGCUGUAAGUCAUGUUUCUAUCAUGGUUUGAAGGGAUGUUACCCAUAAGGAUCAUGAUGAAGAACGACACAGUUAAAUGGAAAAAAGAAACAUACACAAACUGGUGGAAAUAGAGAAAGAGACGACGAGAAACAAAUGAACGACAUGAGGAAGGGCAACAGGAGAGUCAAACACUUGAUUAUUCCUUACAUUUAGACUUUAAACAACUAACAACAGGGCCGUGCAGAGACCACUAAAGGGGCAGGUGCUCAAAAAAAAAAAGGGCACAUCCAACCAUAUUUUAGAAUAGAAGCCUCUCAGCAUUCAAAGUUUAAUAAACAAUGAUAAAUUACAAAAUUGUGAGAUAUACAAUCAAAGCUAAGGAGAAUCUCU